UCUGCUCGCCACUAUUGCUACACCCGCUGCUGAAGAUUAAAAUUAGACAGUGGAUAAACUAAAGAAACAAUUCAAGUUAGUGUUGUCUGCAGACAGCAGCAGAGGAGAUGUCGGUGUUUGAGAGCCGUGUUUGCGCUGGGACUCACCUCUGUGUGAAGUGGUACAGUCCCGUUAGACGCAGUCUGUGAGUCCUGUUAGCAACAGCAGCAGUUAGCGGAUAUCGAGAAACACAAACAUGCGGAUAACCUGCACUUUACUAUAAAACUAGUCUUUAUAAUGAACUUUUACCGGCUGACUAUUUUAUUGGGAGCAUCAGUGUGUGUGUGUGUUGGUGUGCAUGUCACAGUGCGGGACAAGCAGCGCUAUGCCAUGCUCUUUCAGUCAGUGGUCCUGCCGUGUCAGUACCAAACGGCCUCCCUUCAGACCCCGGUGGUGCAGUGGUGGUACAAGUCCUACUGUCGAGACCGCACACGAGAGUCCUUCAACCCGUCCGAGAGUCUGGCCAUCCAGACCUCUGUGCUGGGUGCUACAUCUCACCUGGAGUGCUCUGACAGCAGCCGUACCGUUCGGGUUGUGGCCUCUGCUCAGGGAGCCUCCAUGACGCUGUCUGAGCACUACAAAGGCAGAGACAUCACCAUCAUAAACAAGGCAGACCUGCGUAUCGGGGAGCUGCAGUGGGGUGACAGUGGAGUGUACUUCUGUAAAGUCGUCAUUUCUGACGAUCUGGAAGGGAAGAAUGAGGGCCAGCUGGAGUUACUGGUGCUGGGCAGGACAGGUCAGAAGGACGAUCUCCUACCUGAGUUUGAUGUGGAGAUUAUGCCAGAGUGGGCGUUUGUGGGAUCUGUAGUGCUGGGCAGUGUCUUGUUCCUGUUGUUGCUGGGGAUCUGCUGGUGCCAGUGUUGUCCUCACUCCUGCUGCUGCUACGUCCGCUGCUGCUGCUGUCCCGACACCUGCUGCUGUCCACGACACUUAUAUGAGGCAGGGAAGAUGGCAAAAAGUGGACUUCCUGCUCAGGUUCCUGUCUAUCCCUACUACAUUUCUGGUGUACCUACUGCAGUUCCUCUUGCCCCUUCAUCCCAUGUGGACACAAAGAUUGCCUCUAUCCCCUCAAUAGAGAAUAACCUGGCUGGAGUGCGCAGUGGUUAUCGACUGAAAGCCAGUCCAGACCAGGACUCAAUGAAAGUUCUGUACUACAUAGAGAAGGAGCUGGCUCAGUUUCCCUCUGCCAAGAUGGCUGCACUCAAAACAGCCAGUAGCCUGUCAGAGCUGAGCUCUCUUCACGACGGAGGGAACACAGACUUCAGACACACCUAUCAGACGGUCCAGAUGAAGGCGCUCCCUCCCAUCGCGGACCUCGACGACCAGUCAGUGCUGAGAGCAGCUCCACCUGCACAGAGUCGAAGGCCCAGGCGGGACAGAGGCAACCACUCAGACGAUGAGCUGGACAGAAGGUGGAACUGCCGCUCGGAGCACCUGCAGAGAAAGACGCUGAGCAGAAGAGGGCGCACUGGCUCCCUGGAUGAGCUGGAGGAUUUCGCUCGGUCUUACGAUACUCGAGGUCGUCGGGCUGAGCCCACCGGCCGGGUCUAUGAGCGGGAUUACAGUCCUCCCAGGCGUUUCUACAGAGACGAGGAUGAUGGAUGGGGCCGCCGCAGCCCCUCACCUUUACCACAGAAGAGAAGGGACACAUGGGACAGUGAUCGCCCCUCUCGGCCUCCCCAAAGGGAAGGAUACGACGACACAUUCCUCAGGAGUGUGCUGGAGAGCAAGGCGAGGGGGCGGGGAGGGGACAGAGGCGCUGGCAGACUGGACGAGGACAGUGACACUCCCUCUAAAGGCAGCUCCAGAGGAAAGGGCAGCAAUAGUUACUACAGCCGGUCGCCCAGCAACCGUCCAGAAGAGGAGGAUCCUUUGCCUCCAUACUCUGAGUGGGAGGCUGAGCGGUACCGCAGGGCCAACCCGACCGCAAGCCAGUACCGCACCGCAGAACCUCCCAGAUCAGAGCGAUACGGGACCACUGAAUCAGCCAUGAGGCCUUUCUCUUACACCCGCCCCCACCAGGGCAAGUCCCACACAUUACAGGGGGGCAGAGAGGACAGAGACAGGAGCCGAAACCUGAGCACUGCACUGAGCAGGGACUCUCUCAUAGUGUGACAAGCUUUCCCAGCCUCGACCUCGCACAGCACUGCCAGUCCGUUCAUUUAAACCGUCCUGUUGCCAUGCAGGAGAGGCUGACUGUUCUCCCAUCAGCCACAGGAAGUCUGGCUCAUCUCUGAAAUAACUGCACUGAGAAAAAAAACUGCAAUAGUGGAUGGAAAAUGCAGAGAAAUUAACGCGCACGAAGCAGCAUGCGCAGUCGCUUAUGUUAGUACAGGAUGUUUUUCCUGGUGCAUAAUGCAUGUGUAGUCUGCAGAUGUUACGUAUGAGGUUUUUAUUUGUUGAGUUCGAUGAGUUGAUUUAUUUACAUCAGUGCCAAGAUGGUUUUUUUUUUAUCAUCAAUAUCGUCUGCCAAUUUUGGAGUAUUUCUUUUUUUUUUUUUGUAACACCCAACACAGUCUUAUAUUUCCUACAGUCUUCACACUCACACUCAGAACACUGGAACUCAGGUUCACUUUGUAUUCAUGUGUUUGUCUGUUGUUGACGUUGUACUGUAUGUGAGCACAGUACCUUGUUUUGUUUUAAUUGCACUGCUUAAAUACUUUUUAAAUAAAGAAAACUCUUGAGUCUU